AUGGAGAGGUACAACCAGCGCCGGCGCGGCACCUUUCCGAACGAGGAAGCACGCGUUUUUGCUUUCCACUACGCAAGGGAUCAAACACCGCUCAACUUCCACCAGCUCGCUGCGUGCUUGUGCUUGCUUGAUGUUCUGGAAGAAGAAGAUGAGCAAGAGGCUAUAACGUCUUCAAAAACGGAGUCGACAACUCACCAACCUCCAGAUGACGGCCGAUCUGAAGAUGAUCCACCUUCAGAUAUCAUUCAAUUCCAGCGCUCCCAGCUUCGUGCCGCAGCCAGAAACAGGAAAUUCCAUUGGCUCUGCGGUAGCAUGGGUAUGAUCUUCGUAGAGGUUCUAGUUCUCAACGCCGUUUACGGUGCUGUGAUGCAGCCAGCAUGCUCGAAAUUCUCGAGCGACGUCUGCCCGCUGGGCACCUGGUGCCGAGAGGCGCAGGGAAUAUGCAUGUGGUCCGCGUCGUGGUACGAAGAGAUGUGCAUGGACUUCGUAGAAGGCGAUUCUUGGAGAGAGUUUCUUGUUGACCCCCGUGAAGAUAACACAGCUGUGAAUCAACAGCCGCAUGAUGAACAGAAACAACUCGCCCUGAAGACCGCAUACUUCAAACCGCGGAGAAUCGCAGCCGACGUGAAAAACGAGAGGGAAAACGACACGCUAGCCGUUGCAUUGGAGGGGUACGAAGAAGGCGAUCUGCCGACGAUGUGCUACUCCUGUAUGCGAGUAACGCAUGAGCCAGACACGUUUGGUGGAAGAUUACGACGCAAUUCUUCCUCGAAUAGUCCUUCCUCCUCUGGUCAAUCGAGAACUGCAAGUUUCGACGCCAAGCGUAUUUACGUAGUUACGACCGGAGACGGAGACGCGGACAUUGCGAACGUGAAAGAGUUUAAAUCCGACGCCUACCUGGUCAUCUUCGCAAGCUCGAUGAUUGUCGCGCUGGCCACCUGCAGAGAGCUAGGACGUCCACCUUUGUAG